UGUUAACAAUUCAACUUGACGUUUAUGUUCUGUGCUCCUCUGUGAUUGAGUCCUUUACGCUUGUAGAUCACAUUUGUACAGAUUUUCUGUGUAGUUAGUGACUGGUAUUUAAAAAAAAUGAAAAUUAUCAUGAAAUCUACCGUUUUGCCUUUGCUGGUAGUUUUGUUUUGUAGUUUUAAUGAAGGAUGUGGGGACGAUAUAGAUAUUAAUAAUUCGACCAUUACUGAUAUACCAAUUACUGAAGUCAAUCCUCCAACAAGCACCCCGACUCCUACUUCUACAACAAAUGCAACGACCAUCACCACAAUAAAAACCACAACAACACCGGCCCCGCCCACUACAACAAAUGGCACAACUGAAACUACAACCAAAUUUUCCACCCCAACUACAACUACGGUUAAAACAACUACCCCCACCGCGGCCCCCACCGCGGCCCCUACGAAGGCUACAACCGCUUCACCCCCAUCGCCAAGCGAUAGAAAAUUUGACGGACCGAGUUUUGUGGGCGGCAUUGUCCUAGCUUUGGGUCUAGUAGCCAUUGGAUUUGUGGCCUUCAAGUUCUACAAGGCCCGCACCGAACUUAACUAUCACACGCUAUAAUUCGCGGAGGAUUGAACGGGUUAAUUUUUUUAAAUUCAAUGUUAAUAAUCUCAGUUACCGUUUUACUUACCAAAUAUUAGUUAUUUAAUUGUGAUUUAGAUCUUUAAUGUCAACGGUUGCAUUCCUCUUAUAUUUUACAUAUAUUCUUGAAUAGUUAUUAUUUAUUGGGCAUUAUAAUGUUAAAUAAGAGAAAUAGGGAAAUAAUUAAUUUAAUAAGCGUACAAUCAUAUUUAUAUUAUGAUUUGAUACAUUAUUUACUUAAUGUAUCUAGUCUUCUCUAUAUUAUUUAUUUAAAUUGACAAAGUUUAAAAUCAACAUUGAAAACAUGAUUUGUUUAUGUAUAAAUUAUUUUAAUAAUUCAAUGUCCCUAAAUGAUGGCUUACUUUUACAACAACAUAGGCUGAUUAAAUGUGAUUAUUUUUUCUUGGUGAUAUUAAACAACUUUUUAUUUUGAAAAUUCAACAAUUGCAUUAAAUUUGAAUUUAUUUUUUAUAUAUUAAAAUAAAUCUGAAUUAACGAAUGCAUUUAUACUAUAGUUUAGUUUAGAAUUGUUUUCACUAUUAUUAUAAUACAUCCAAGCUGGUAAACAAAAUUAAAAAGGCAAACAUUGAUAUUAAUAACCUGGUAAAAGACUGCACAUCUGGUCUAAUCUUUAAAAUAAUAUUUAAUUAUUUAACACUUACAUUUUUUAACUGUGUAGGUACAGGGACAGGAUAAAAAUCUCAACUUAAUCUCAAUUUUGCACUAGAAAAAGAACUGAACAUGUAAAAUAUUAAGCACCACUAUUAGCAUACUAAUUUAAUCUUGUAUAUUUUUCUAGUCCAAAAUAUGUUUACCGUGUACAAAUUAUUUCUAUCCAAUACAUGUGGAAUUGCAAGAGCUUUACAAGUUAGGUUAGUUGUAGGUGUUUUGAUUAAAGAUUAAUAUUAGUUUUUAUUGAAUAGUCUCAAUUUUAAUCUGUCCGUAAAAAGUGCUCUUAAAGUCUUAAAAUUUUAUGAGGGUGACUAGUCAAAAUAAUUUUUAUAGGUGUUGUUUCUCAGAUUACUAUUUUUGCAAAAGAUUCACUAAAUUACUUAAAUAUUGGAUUAAUGUAAAGUAGAUUGUAUGUUUGGGAACUUAACUUAUAAAAUAUCAUGUUUCUAAAACUUUUGAUAUUAUUAGCAUUUUCACGCGUGCUCUGUUAAUUAUUUUAAAAUAAAUAAUUUACUGAAUAAAACCAAUUUUAUUUACACUUUUUUGAAAUGCUUUUAACUAUGAUCAAAUAGAGAUAUUUUUUUUUACUAAAGUGCAUUGUGUGUUUUACACUUAAUUUAUAAUCUAACCUAAUGAUUAAUGAUAAUGAUUAUACAGAUUGUUGUCUUUUUGACCGAUUUUUUUCUAAUUCAAAUGGGUACAACAUAUGUAAAUUAUUUAAACACCAAAGAAAAUAGUUAUUUAUUGUGAGUACUUAGCAAAUACAAAUACAAAUAAAUAAAUACGAGUGAAUUCUGACGUAUCUUGUUUUAUUAAUUGUCUUAUGGAUGACUUAUAGGACACUAUAGUGUUAUUACUUUUAUAAUGAGUCACAAAACAGUAUAAUUAUGAUACUUGUAAUAUGAGAAUUGUGGAUAAAUAAAAUAAAUCGCUUGUUAAAUUGGUAUAAAAAAAUUAAAUUUUUGUUAAUCCCAUUAACCAUAAAAUCAUAAGCAUUAAUCAUUAUGUUUGAUUUUUAAUUGAGUGUAAAUAAUCAUAGAACCAUUUACUUGAAUGAAAGUGAUUUUAUUAUAAAAAAUAAGUUUUUAUAAGAAAAUAAAUAAACGAUUAGAAAAAAAUUAAAAAAAUACAUAUUCAAUGAAAAAAAGAAUAGAAAAAAAGUCGACCCACUCUGGAUUUAGCACCAUUCGCAGUUUUUUUAAUUAAGAAAGUUUUUCUAAAAAAACGAUUUUUUUAUAGAAUUUUACAAGACAC